AUGGCAAACUUGGCACUGACGGACGCAGCAUUAUCGCAACAAGUCCAAGCUUAUUUAGCCAGCACCACCGUGACGGACCACAAUCCCGCCAUUUUCUUCGACUGGAAUGCUCAAGCCCUGGACGAGUUCGUUCAGGCUGCCAAUGCACAACUCGACGGACACCCGCAGUGGUUCUCCGAGCCACGAGGCAGUAUCUCCCCCGACUCGGUCAUGCGGGACAUCAUCACGUACUUAGCACAGCUCGGGGGCGGUCAAUGUGGCCACGUGCUCCUCGCACCCAACUCGCUCAUCCAGUAUGGCCACUUGCAAGAGCGACUUCAGUAUAUGCAGUACGACGAGUUCAUGCAAAAGUGCAUGGCCACCGUGACGCCCGGUAGGACACUCGCGCGCACUUUUGCACUCACGGUGCCAUCAACGGACAGUGCAGUCCCGACGCAAUGCCUUCCACCCCCACCUCCUGUCCGACAGCUAUUCGAGUAA